AUGGCAUCGGCAGAUGAGCGGAAUUCGAGAACUAUACAUACGGCGGCAUGCUUGAUUAUCGGCGAUGAAGUUCUUGGGGGAAAGACAACUGAUACAAAUUCAGCUUAUAUGGCAAAGUGGUGUUUUUCUCUAGGCAUAAACUUAAAGAGAGUCGAGGUUGUUGAAGACGACGAGGAUGAGAUCGUAGAAGCGGUACGGAGGAUGAGUGACCGCUAUGAUUUUGUCGUGACAAGUGGUGGCAUAGGACCGACACACGACGAUAUCACCUACCAAUCCAUCGCCAAGGCAUUCGACUUAAAACUCAUAUUGCACGAAGAGGCAUAUGAACGGAUGAAGAAACUCACCAAGCCGAGCAAGUCUCAUCCGAAUUUCAGUUGGGAUGUAGACUCCCCAGCCAAAACCGCCCGGCUUAGGAUGGUCUACUUACCCAUUGACGAGUCACGCGACCUGGCAAAACAGGCUUUAUUUACACGUGACGAUCUCUGGGUUCCUAUUUCCGUGGUAAACGGGAAUAUUCAUAUUCUCCCAGGUGUACCAAAGUUGUUCGAAAGCCUUCUGCAAGGUCUCAAGCCGUUUAUAGUGGACCGACUAGUAGAUCCCGAGGGCAAAGGUAUUUUUAGAGCUAUCAUCUCUACGCCGAUGGGUGAGAGCGCUAUUGCCGGUUACCUCACCGAUUUGGCAGCCAGAGUCGCGCAUAAGGAUGUGAAAGUCGGAAGCUAUCCUCGAUGGGGGAAGAAGAACAACACAGUUACUCUUGUCGGAAGGGACAAGGAGUAUAUCGAGAGUUUGGUACCGGAGGUUGUGCAGAAAGUCCAAGGAAAGCGAGUUCAAAAUGAGGGAGAGGAUGACGAGCCGGAGGUCGCAGCCUCGACGCUUACCUAG